UUCUUCAGUUCGUGUUAUUCGUCUUUCAGUUCGUAUCGAAUAUAUUCGAGCAUGUUCUAGAAGAAUGUUAUACAAAGGGAAAACUCUACAACAAUUGGUCCAAAAUGAUCAACAUGGAUUUAGCAACGCUUCCAUUUUCAACAGCAUUGAACAAUUUGUUCGAUCAGUGAGUGAAAUGGAAGACACAAUUCUAAUCCCCCGUCGUCUUCUAGAUUCAACUAUAGGCGACUCAGAGGAUAAAUUUAAUUUGGAAGGCAAACGUGGUUCCAUUAUUAAAGCAACUUUGGCUAAUACGGAUCUGUACCGUCUUUAUAACAUUAUUAGCCAACUGAAAGUGGAAUUAUUAUGGUCACGGGAACACAUGACUAAUUGUCAAGAACUACAGGAGAGCCCUCUACCAUUUGAUAGAUUCAGAUACACUAGAUGUUCUAGCACUACCUCGAUAUACAGUGUACAAAGUAUAUGCACUUCUGAUUCAGAAUCCGAUAUCGUGGUUGAGAAUGACUUCAGAUUAGAAAACGAAGACGCUGCCGUUGCUGCUGCUAGAACUUUCAAAAGACAUUUGCAUGGAUUACAUCGUGAUAUACAGAAAAUGACAUUGGCCGCUGAAUAUUUGACACUGCGAUAUCAAAAAGAUAUCAAUGAUCGUGUAUAA